AUGGGUCUCGAUACUCGCAGACCACUCCUUCCUGCCCCCACAGAAUCCAUCAUCGAUAGCCCAGGCGACAGCGCAACACCCACAGAUCUGGCCACUGACCUUUCUCGCCGCACAGACAAAACGUCGUACUCGAUCCCGGACGACGGCAGCCCUAUCACUGUCGCCACCCGGCACCAUCGGGAUCGCGACGAAAAGGCAGCGCGAUCACAUCGCGAUUCCCAGACUUCGCUUCUCAUCGAGUACUUCGAGGGCGGGAAAGGCCCUGGCGGCGUGGUAUCAAGACCUAGUGUGCGAGUCCGAGUGACACCCUCCGGUGCCAGGAGGAAGGACCGCGACCUGAUCCAAAUCACCGAGUCCGGCAGUAGUCGCAAGCCGGCUUACACCCGACGUAUCUCCCUGGGCUCGCCAUCCAAACAUAAACAACUGACCGAGUCUGUGCUGGAGGAUCAGAGCGCAAGUGACGACAACUCAGCUGAAGAGAGUCCGCAGUCAUCACGGCGCCUACCCGUCGAAAUAGAGUUGAUGAAUCGCGGCCAAGGCAGCGAGCUGUCAACAGUCUCGCGCGACACAAGAUACAUGCCUCCACCAUCGGACAUUUCGUCCAUGCCAGCCGACAGCAUGAUCGAUGCGCUAUCGUCGGCCGGUCCUCGCCGAAAGCGAAGCCAAAGUCUCGAGCGUGGUUCGCCCCGCGAAGAGAAACAAAAAGGUCAUUUGAAGGCUCCCACCCGCCAACGAAGUCGCAGUUUGAGUACCGAGCGCAUCGCUCAUCGUGUGGCAGAGAAACUCAACGAGUCACCCAAGGAGACCCAUGGCAAUAGACACAAAAGCAAAAGCCACACCAAAAGCGUCGGCAAAGAUUAUCUCGAAGCUGAGCCGAAGUCAUCUCGACGACGGCGCCAUGAAAAGGCUGAAGAGUACAUCACCAGCCCGGAAUCGAGUCUCUUGAGCUCAGCAGUCUCUUCAAAUCGCAAGUCUGGUGAUCAGUAUUCUAUCCGUUCUGGCGCCUCCAAAUCUUCUAUCAACAAUCCCAAGUUAUUGGAAACGGUAGAAGAUGCCAUCCGACGACUGAUUCUGCCGGAAUUGAAGGAGCUCAAGAAGGACCAAAAAGUCAUGUCCAACACGUCGAAAUUCGAACGGGACAUGACCACCUCUUACUCGUCCGCCAGCUCUCGAGAUGAACUGGGCCGUCGUCUUUCCAAGCACGCGAGUGCCCCGGAUGUCAUGAAGCCCAUGGUUGUCUUGAACAAAGACAGCAAAGAAGAAGGUAUCAUUCUUUCUGGUGAGCCAGGACCACGGUCCAAGGAGCGCAAGUCAAGCAAAAGCAGUGAAACUUCCGACGCCGCCUGGGUCAAAUGGGGUCGACCUGAGCUCAGCGAGCAAGACAAAAUUCGCAGACAGAAGAGCAAAGGUCUUCGUGAUGCGCAAGCUGCCGGCCGAGUAGGCUCGGCGCUGACCCAAGCAGCACUCAAGCACCAUGACUCCAAUUCCAGCCUGGACAAGAUCGAACGCCACGAACGCAGAGCGAGUGGCUCCCGUAAGAGUGUUGACAGCUUCAAAAACAAUGAAACGGAGCUCGCGUUCAAGAAACACAAUAUACCGCUCAUGCCCAUGCACAGUGCGAUGGACUCGGAGAUGACCAGAACCUCGUUACUUUCUGAGCGCACGGAGAGUCCUACCCCUCGCAACCAGGCCUUCCAUGGAGAAGUCUCCCGCGGGUCGCCGAAACAGCUCGUCUCUCCCACCGCUCGUACCCCGACUCGAACCCCCUUGGACUCGCGAUACGAGCUGGGCAUGCGUCAUGGAAAUCAAUCGCAUCACAACCUCUCCAUGCACAGCACCUCAGAUCGUGACCUGCGUGGCAAGAGCCAGUCCCCAGGGGCAGGCUCUGGAGACUGGGCCAUUGCCGCUGCUGCUGCGGCCAACCUGCUUGACGCAACUCAGCCGGCGCAUCAAGCCUCGGACGUCGAACAGUACGGCCGGACCCUGAGCCCUAUACAGAGCGUUGCAAGCGGACAUACCGAGACACAAAGUGAUCACUAUGAAACUGAAUACCACCACCCUGAAGGCAAGCGAGAACCGGAACCUCGUCUCUCAAUUGACUCCCUGUCCUCAGCACCCAGCACUAAUCUUGCACGGUCUACCCGCAAUGGACCCAGCCCUAGCAGUCAGGACGAAGCUUUCCUAGGAGAGGGGGGUCCAGACCUCGGUUAUGAACAAUCACGCCGUGUUUCGGCCGAAGAAAACCUCUAUGGUCACGACAAAGAGUCCAAGAUUUCGGGCGAUGGUGAUGACAGUGAUGUUGACUUUAUGGACCGGAUCAAGGAGGGUCAGCAUGUCACUGGUGGUGGGGUGGCCGCCAACCCCCAAAUUGUUCAUCCUGUGGGCAUUGAAUCGGCAGUGGCCUCGUUGAUGGAUCCAUCUGUUCUUGAGUCCCAGACUUCGAGCAACCGGUCCCAAAUCGAAAUCGCCGAGCGAGCCGUCACUCGCAGCCCCGAAAAGCGCGGAAGUCCCUUGAAGCAAGUUCAAGAUGCUUCCAGCCACGAUGAGACCUCCUUCCUCGUCGCAUGGGGUAUCACACAAUCUGUUGACGAUCUGGAGGAAGCGGGUAUGAUCGCUGGCGCCGCUCGUGGGCUUCAUAGCCCUCACGUCGACGACGAUGCUCGCAGCCAGGAGUCGGAGUCGGAAAUCAACACCAACCCGUCCAUCAUCCAGGGCCCGAUUGGUGGUGUUCAAGGAAACCAGGAUCACUGGGGUUAUGACCCGAGAUCACCGCCUGCCGAGAUGCUGUAUUAUGACCAGUCUGGUGGCACAAAGGAAAUGCCUCACAAUGGACAGCGUGGUCUUGACGCCGAGUACCACGAAACUGCCAGGAACAUCUUUGGUGGCGAUGACUACUAUCCCGAUCAGCAGACUCAGCAGCUUUUCGGUAUCCCUCCCGGGGCCAAGGAUGAAGGGUAUGUGUCUGCUGCUAACCCCAUGUCCCCAAGUAUCGGUACUCCCAAGCAAGGUAGCCGUGGUCUAGCUGGUGCGGAUGCUGCUGGUGUAGGUGUUUUUGAUAGCCCCGACGCCGAUGAUCCGUUCACCUCUGGACACCGCCGGGAUCUCAGCGGCUACUCUCAUGGCAUUGGGUCUCCGCUCUACGACAGUGCCACUGGACGAGGCAUCGAAAGUAUCCAGUCCAAGGACAUCGUCGCUCUGAUGGAUCAUCUGACUGUGCGUGACGCUCAGCGAAAUGCCAGAGAUACUGAACUCUUGGUCACUUUAGUCCGAAGUGCAGCUGAGAUGCGGACUUCCUUCGAAGCCAUGAAGAAGUUCAUUGCCCAACAGGACGAAAUGCUCCUUGAUACUACCGAAAAAGAACAUGACCGGACUUUGAAGGCUCUCGGCGGCCCCCGACCAUUGCCUAGCAGCUACUCUCGUGCCCAUCAGCUGAACGCAGAGGAUGAGGAACAACAGGCCAAGCGCAAGAAUAUUUUCAAGCGUGCACUCAAGGGUCUGAGCUUGAAGUCCGGCAAUGAUCUUACCAAGAUCGAGAGCAUGCUGGAGCAGUUACUUGAAGAGGUUGAGGCCCUGCGUGAAGGGCAGGACAUUCCAAGCCUUCGUCCCGGCACUCGCCGUGCAAGCACUGAUCCUACUGGCAUCAACACCGAUGACCAUCGCGGUGCGCCUUUGGGUGGCCACUCUCCUUACCGGUCAAGCCCCCAGCCGCCCAACACGGAUCCGCGCGUCAGCACUGUGCCCGAGGAGGAUGAAGAUGACGAGCACGAUCUCGAGAUCGACGAGGAUGAUCCUUAUGUGACAGCACACCUGCCCAUGCAAGAGCCUCUUCGCCACGAGCGCUCUGGGUCCCUGCCUCUUGCCACUCCUCCUCGCAAGCCGGUUGCCUCGGGAGCACGAAGCACCGAUACCACACCGAAAGCUUCUGACAAAACUGAGAAGGCUCGCAAGCACAAAUCGAGCAGCUCUUCUAUCUUCCCUAAGAUCUCCCGCUGGUCCAAGACUACCGCAUCUUCCAUGGGUGACAACAUCCGCAACAGCAUCCAGCCUGCUCGCAAGGAGCGUCCACACUCCGAAGUCUCGCGCUCUGGAUCGGAUGUCGCCCAGGACGUCUACCAGGGUGACUACUACGACCCUCAGGGCGAUGAUCGUAUUCGGUCCACAUACACUCUCGGCGAGGAUGAUCAAGAGAACCGGCCGCCGUCCCCAUUGGUUCCUUCUCAAGUGUCGGAGAAGCCCAAGUUCGAGGCAAACCGACGCAGUCUCGACCUACAGCACCCUCAGCCUCGCCAAGGUCCCACUGGGCGCUUUCAGAACCACCUGGAAUCGCAGGCGCAGAACUACAUGGGCCCAGAGUCGCCUUCCUCAGACCACUGGGGCUCAAACCCUAGCCUGCCUGCCAUCAACCCCAAUCAGCAACGCUUCAGCGGUAAUAGCCGCCUGUCUCCCAUCUCCGAUGCAGGCUACUCAGAGACCAGCUCCCGCCAAGCUGGCCCACCCCGGCCUCCCAAGGUUAAAGACGAGGGCCCAUUGAUCCCCGGGCGACCCCCAAAGGUCCCCGAGGAAGAAGAGCCGCCUUACAACGACCGGGUCGUUUCACGGGUACGUACUCCAUCAUCAACCGUGCCCGUUUCUCAAGCUAAUAUCCCAAUCAAGAGCUCUGCCAUCCGCUCCCCUCCAACGCGCAAGCCCACGGGCCCACGCCCCCUCACCUCCAGCGGUGCUUAUAGCCCCAGCAACAUCAAACGAACCCGCUACAGAGGCAGUCCGAUGCAGAUCGACUAUGAUGACGAAUAA